AUGACUUGCGCAUUCAAUAGCAGCGUUAAGGGUGAUAAUAAGAAGGGUUGCAAAGAUGAAGAAAGUGACCCAGAUGUGUCUUCUGAAUCAGAUUCAGAUUUUGAAGAUCCUGACAAAAUUGAAGUUCCAGGGGGAGGAAAAGAUUUAGAAACUGCAGUUAAUGCUUCAAAUCAUAAAGGAGGAAUAACAAGUUUACUUGAAGAAAGGUUGACUGGAGAUUCUAAGCCUGUGAAAGACAUCAAAGCGAAAAAAGGCGGCCCCAGUACAAUACCACCAAUUCAGCAACCGUUGCCUCCUAGGUUUCCUGGUGGUUUAGUAACAAAAACGACAUCACCAGGAUUUGAAAUGAUUCCAGGACCAGGUGCUCAAGGAGGGGGGAAUGCAGGAGUCAUGUCAAAUCCUUUUCAACAAAUGUUGGGAGGACUAGGACCCCUUCCUGGUUAUCACGGAAUGAAUUUAAAUGCUGCAAAUUUGCUUCAACAAACAGGUGCAAAUCAAUUAUCUGGAAAAACAGUCAGCCAGAUGUGGAUGAAUAAUGAAAAGUUUGGUAUUCCAAAUCAACCUGAGGAAGAGGAAGAAGAAGAUGAUAUGGGAGUUGCAGAAACAUAUGCCGAUUAUAUGCCCUCUAAAUAUCCUGUUGUAGAAACGGCUUCUUUAUCCAGUGUUGAACCCACAGACGUUUGGUACAAAUUAUCUCUACCUGAUGAAUGUAUUGUAUCUGGUGCACUGUCUGCUCUUCAAUUAGAGGCAAUUACUUAUGCCAGUCAACAGCAUGAUCACGUAUUACCAGAUGGCAAAAGAGCCGGUUUUCUAAUAGGAGAUGGCGCCGGUGUCGGUAAGGGUAGAACUAUUGCAGGAAUAAUUUUUGAAAAUUAUCUCAAGGGUAGAAAAAAAGCUGUCUGGGUAUCAGUUUCUAAUGAUUUAAAGUACGAUUCUGAAAGGGAUUUACACGAUAUUGGUGCUGCUAAAAUACAAGUGCACGCACUAAAUAAGAAGGGAGUAUUUUUCAACUUAUCUGCUUUAAUCGGAGAAAGUACUCAAUCUGGAGGCAAAUAUAAAACAAGAUUAAAGCAAUUAUUACAGUGGUGUGGCAAUGAUUUUGAUGGAGUCAUUGUUUUCGACGAAUGUCACAGGGCUAAAAAUUUAUGUCCUGUUGGUUCGAGUAAGCCUACAAAAACAGGUUUGACCGUACUUGAACUUCAAAAUAAGUUACCAAACGCCCGGGUAGUUUACGCAUCGGCAACGGGUGCAAGUGAACCCAGAAACAUGGCGUAUAUGGUACGACUUGGUAUGUGGGGAGAAGGAACCCCUUUUCCUGAUUUCAAUGAUUUUAUCACAGCCGUUGAAAAAAGGGGUGUUGGGGCCAUGGAAAUAGUUGCAAUGGACAUGAAAUUAAGAGGUAUGUACAUAGCUCGACAGCUGAGCUUUCACGGCGUGACAUUCAAGAUCGAAGAAGUUCCACUGACACCGGAAUUCAUUAAAAUCUACGAUGAUUCGGUUAAACUUUGGGUUGAAGCAAUGCAAAAAUUCACAGAAGCCGCGGAACUGAUUGACGCGGAAAAUCGUAUGAAAAAGACUAUGUGGGGCCAGUUUUGGUCAUCUCAUCAGCGAUUUUUUAAAUAUUUAUGUAUAGCUGCAAAAGUGAAAUACGCUGUAAAUGUAGCUCGCGAGGCAGUGAAAUGUGGAAAAUGUGUGGUAAUAGGUCUUCAGUCAACUGGAGAAGCCAGAACUUUAGAUCAGCUUGAAAGAGAUGAUGGCGAACUAACCGAUUUUGUAUCCACUGCAAAGGGAGUGUUACAAUCGUUAGUUGAAAAACAUUUUCCCGCACCGGAUCGUAGCCGCAUUCACAGAUUACUUGGUUUAGAUAUUGCAAAGAAGGAUGACAAAAAAGGAAAACAAGCUAAAAAUGGAUUUGAUGACAUCGCUAGCGGAUCUUCUGGCAAGCGCAAGCCCGUUAGGCAAGCCGCACAACGAGCUUCAAAAAAAGUUAAAAUUACAAGUUCAGACACGGAAGAAGAUAGUGAUGAUUCUGUAGAUUCAGAAUUUAAAAUAUCUGGUGACAGCGAGACUCCCGAAUCCGAAGGUCAAAGCGAAGAAUCUAAUCCCUCUAGCGAUUGCAAUCCUUUUUACAGUGAUUCAGACAGUGAUGCGGCGGACCCUUGGGUCGGAGGUGCCAGAAAAAAGAAACAAACCAAGUACAAACCGAAAAAAAGGCAAACGACUCAAGAUAAAAUAAAAGAAAUUAUUAGUAAAAAAUUAUCGACCAAUAAAACGAAUGGAAACGAAGAUAAUUACUCAUUUCCACCUCGUGAUGCUAUCGAACGAGCUUGUAAUAUGAAAGAAGAACUUUUAGAGCAAAUUGAAAAAUUGGGAGAACGACUUCCUCCGAAUACUGGGGGGGGGACGUUGAAUUUAACGGAAAAACAAAGAUUUAUGGAUGGGGAAAAAGAUGUAGCUAUAAUUUCCGAGGCUGCUUCAAGUGGCAUUUCGUUACAAAGUGAUAGAAGAGCAAGAAAUCAAAGGAGAAGAGUUCACAUAACUUUAGAGUUACCGUGGAGUGCAGAUAGAGCUAUACAACAAUUUGGUCGUACACACAGGAGUAAUCAAGUAAAUGCACCAGAAUAUUUUUUCCUUAUAUCCGAUUUAGCAGGAGAAAGAAGAUUUGCAUCUAUCGUGGCUAAACGAUUGGAAAGCUUGGGUGCUCUCACUCACGGUGAUAGACGAGCCACUGAAACGCGAGAUUUGUCGAGGUUUAACAUUGAUAAUAAAUACGGUCGAGCCGCUUUGGAAGCAACAAUGAAAACAAUUAUGGGUUACGAACAACCUUUGGUGCCUCCUCCUCAAGACUACCCGAAAGGAAAAGAUUUUUUCAAAGAUGUGGCCGAUGCCUUAGUUGGAGUUGGCGUAAUAACAAAUUCCGAAUCUAUGCCCGGUGUAUUAAUGCUUGACAAAGACUAUAAUAAUAUGUCGAAAUUUUUAAACAGAAUACUAGGUAUGCCAGUUGAUCUGCAAAACAGGCUUUUUAAAUAUUUCACGGACACGCUUAAUGAAAUAAUUAAACAAGCCAAAAAAACUGGAAGAUUUGAUCUUGGAAUAUUGGAUUUGGGUACCGCAGGAGAAGAUGUUAAAAGAGUUAAAUUAUAUUCAUUUUUAAGAAAGCAUGCUACGGGAGUAGCCACGACCGAACUUCAUAUUGUUCACGUUGAACGUGGCAUGAGUUGGGAAGAAGCACUUGAAAAGUUUACAAAGCUCAACGGCUCAAAAGAAGGAUUUUGGCUUUCACAUCAGAUUCGUAAUAGUAAACAAACUGCAAUUUUAGCCAUCGCCGUCGAUGGUGGAAAGUCUAAAAAAUCGGAUUCGAAAAAAGAUUCGUUAUAUACAAUUUACAGGCCGAACACGGGUCUUCAAUUACGACAAGAAACUCUGGCAGAAUUGGAGAAAAAAUAUAAAAAAGUCGAUGAGGAAAAUGCACAAAGUCAUUGGAUUCAACAGUAUAAUGCGAGCGUGACGACAUGUUCUCAUGCAUAUUGGAAAGGAAAUUGUAAAAAUGUAACAUUAAAUUUAGACUGUGAAGUAGGUUUAAGAAGAAGAACUUACAACAUAUUAUCCGGGUCUGUACUUUCCGUGUGGGCUCGAAUAGAAGGGGUUUUGGCCGCAAAAACUGGUCAUAAUACAAAAAUGCAAGUGGUAAGGUUAAAAACGGCAGAAGGUAUUAAAAUUGUGGGUACGUAUAAUGUGGGUCGUUUAAGAACCUUAAUACCGAAAAGUUGCGUUUCGGCUCUUCGUGAAGCUCUUUCAUCAGAUGCAGAAAAAACCGAUCGAAACCCUCAUAAGUUUCGAAUACAAGAAGAGCAAGACUCGUUCAGACGUGUUCAGACUCGGAAAGAAAUUUCUGAGAGUUUUCGUUAA